CCUCAAAUGAUGGUUACAGUCCCACGCCACGUGUACGGUGGAGAGACGGCGUUACGAUAUUCCGAUUCUUCCGGCAGCACCCAUCAUCUUCCCCAUGUUUGGUAGUCUUGCCUCACCUGAGAGAGUGGAAGCAGGUUCAUUCCAAUGCCAUCUCUCCCCUCAUUGUAGUAGCAGUAAUCAUUCGACUUCGUUGUGGUUUUUUCCCUUUUUAUUGUAGUAGUCGUCAUCUGACUUCCUUUUAGUUGUUUACCCCUUGUUCUAGUAAUGGUAGUCAUUUGACUUCGCUGCGGUUGUUUACCCCUUGGUUGUAGUAGAGGUCAUCUGACUUCGUUGUGGCCGGUUUCCCCUUGUGCUAGUGGUAGUCAUCAAACUUCGUUGUGGUUGUUGUUAGUUGUUACAAAGACCUAGAGAGAGAGAGAGAGAGAGAGAGAGAGAGAGAGAGAGAGAGAGAGAGAGAGAGAGAGAGAGAGAUGGGAGAUCGACAAGAGGCGGCAGAAGAAGAGAUGGGGGAGGCGGUGGAGGAGGAGAGGCUGGGUUCGAGCCUGACCAUGGAGAAAGUGGCUGCAGCCAAGCAGUUCAUCGAGAAUCACUACAGAGCCCAGAUGAAGAACAUCCAGGAGCGGAAGGAACGGCGCUGGGUGCUAGAGAGGAAAUUAGCUUCUUCAGAUGUUCCUAAGGAGGAAAAAAUAAAUCUAAUCAAGGAUUUGGAGAGGAAAGAGACAGAGUUUAUGCGACUCAAAAGGCACAAGAUUUGUGUUGAUGAUUUUGAUCCUUUAACCAUUAUUGGAAGAGGUGCUUUUGGAGAGGUCAGGUUAUGUCGGGAAAAGUCGUCUAGCAAUAUCUAUGCCAUGAAAAAAUUGAAGAAAUCAGAGAUGCUUAGCAGGGGCCAGGUUGAACAUGUUAAAGCUGAAAGGAACUUGCUUGCUGAAGUUGCCAGCCACUGCAUCGUGAAACUUUAUUAUUCAUUUCAAGACACUGAGUACCUGUAUCUAAUCAUGGAAUAUCUCCCUGGUGGUGACAUGAUGACUUUGCUGAUAAGAGAAGACACUUUAUCUGAAAGUGUUGCUAGAUUUUACAUUGCGCAAAGUGUCUUGGCCAUAGAAUCCAUUCAUAAACAUAACUACAUUCACAGGGAUAUUAAACCUGACAACCUUCUAUUGGACAAAAACGGUCACAUGAAGUUGUCAGACUUCGGUCUGUGCAAGCCUCUUGACUGCAGAACUCUAUCCACUUUGCAUGAAAAUGAACCCAUCAGUGAAGAGAACAUGAGGGAAUCGAUGGAUGUCGAUGGAUGCUUCCCAGACACAAAUAAGGGGAGCCACUGGAAAAGCCCUCGUGAACAACUCCAGCAUUGGCAGAUGAACCGGAGGAAGCUGGCAUUUUCCACAGUGGGAACACCAGAUUAUAUUGCCCCAGAAGUAUUACUGAAGAAAGGCUAUGGCAUGGAGUGUGAUUGGUGGUCGUUGGGUGCAAUAAUGUAUGAGAUGCUUGUUGGUUAUCCGCCAUUUUAUUCUGAAGAUCCAAUAACCACAUGCAGAAAGAUUGUGCAUUGGAGAAAUCACUUGAAAUUUCCUGAAGAGCCUCGGUUGACACCCGAGGCAAAGGAUCUUAUCUAUAGAUUGCUAUGUGAUGUCAACCAUAGGCUAGGUUCUGGAGGGGCAGAUCAAAUAAAGGCUCAUCCUUGGUUUAAAGAUGUUGUAUGGGACAAACUCUAUGAAAUGGAUGCAGCAUUUAAGCCAAAGGUCAAUGACGAGCUGGAUACACAAAACUUUUUGAAGUUCGAUGAAUUGGAUCCUCCAACUCCAGCAAGGACUGGAUCUGGACCCUCGCGGAAGGCAUCGUUAGCUCCGAAAGAUUUAAAUUUUGUUGGUUAUACGUACAAGAACUUUGAAGCUGUAAAAGGGCUACAUCAACCUUUCAAAUUGAAGAGGGGCACAUCACCAGAGCAGCCAUCGAGCAAUUGUAUGUUUAGUGAUUUUGCCAUGGACUGUUCUGGGAGAUCGUCAUCAGAGGAAACAGAAAUGCAGAUGCUUGUAUCUUCCAAUGCCAUGUCACCAUAACCUUAUGAUGCCCCUCUGUAAAGCAUUUCUUGGAUGUGGAGGGCACUGGAGAGGCCUUAUCGUUUUUUGUCUCGUGUUUUGGAGAAUCACCACAGGAAUGUAUAGUUGCGUAGCAUGAAAGGGAGCCCAGUGGUGAUGUUUUGAGUAUUGGUCAGGAUUGUUGGCUGAAUUUGUGUUUUCUUCGCUGCCCAGGUUGGCAGAACAUGCCUUCUCUUGUGGCAGGUUUUUUUUUUUUUUUUUUUUUUCAAUCUUGUUAUUUACUUGGCUCAAAUGGUUAAAUUCCUAUCUUAAUGUUUUGGGAGUUUAAUAACUGAUGUUUUGUGUCCCAAGAAGAUGGCAAGGCUGUGUUUGGCUCGGGAUGUGAUAAAAAGCUAGUCGUGAUUAUUGACA